AUGCAGCUACCAAUCUGGGCAUCAAAGAAAACAGUAGAGAAAACAAUGCCUGAUUGUUUCAAAUUUGACUAUCCUUUUACACGUGUAAUCCUAGACUGUACUAAGAUUUUCAUUGAGAAGCCUUCAUGCUUUAGAGCACAGUCAGCAACUCAUUCAUCCUAUAAGUCUCACAACACCGCAAAAGGGCUGGUAGGAAUUUCUCCACAACGUGCAGUGACUUUUGUUUCUGAUUUAUUUGGAGGCCAUGCAAGUGACAGGCAGAUUGUUGCAUCAUCUGGGAUACUAGAUUUACUUGAACCAGGAGACUCAGUAAUGGCUGACAGGGGAUUUGAGAUUCAAGAU